AUGAUCUCUCUGAAGUUCACUUUGUAUCGCUUUGUAUGCGAUGUGACGACGUUCGCCGGCCUCUUCGCUUCGGACGCAGACGGCCGUCGCAUUCCUGACAACGCCAGUUUUGCUUGCCACUGGUCGCGCGUCCCCCGCACCCGCACUGCAUCGCCCAGCGAGCCGAGCGGCUGCACGCCGGCGUCGUACUUCAGGGCGCAGGGCUCCGACAUGACAUUGAGCUUCAACAGUGCCAGUGGGGCGCUCGAUCUCGACGGCGACGCGGACGUGAUCGCCUUCAUGAUGAAGCCUUCAAACUGCGUUGGAGGUGCCGUCCCUGUGGUGGCGAAGGGGACACUUGAUCCACUGCCGUACCUCGGAAAGCCGUCGAAGAACUACGCGAUCAAGCUGCGAGAUGCUGCUGGACAAGUGAUUGGCAAACUCCUCUUUGCCAUGGAGGCGCGGGAGGCGGGGGAGGAGGAAAGACUGCGAGAGAACGACCGCGGCAGGGAUACUGCGACGUUCAACGCAGUGCCACUCAACAGGUAUGCACCGCCUUCACUGCCGACUCAGAGAGGACAAAUAGACUCCAGCUCCCACAACUCGAACAAAAGUAACAAUGACAACAACAAUAAUAACGGAAUACAGAGUCACACAAGACGGCACGGAAGCAAAGAGAAGUCGCAGUCACCCCCGGAUACUGCGACGACGCAGCGUAACUCCUUGGAGUCUUCUCUCAGCCGCAACGUCAACAACACGGAUGCAAAAACACCUGCGCCUGCAUCUGCACCUGAUGUAGGCAAAUCGCUUGAUAGGAGUUCCGAGCACCUAGAGAUCGACUUUGAAAAGAUUUCUAUUAAGAAUGAGGCGAUCGACUUGGACAACCCUGCGCCUCUGCUCCUGGGAGGAAUGUACUACAUAAAGGUACGCUAUGGCAGCACCACUUCACGCACCCCGAUAGUAGAGUGCCAAAAUCCAAAGGAGAUUAGUUACUUUCACAGUGUGACAUUCAAGGAAAUCCAGGGAGGAAGUGAAAGGCUACGGUUUUCACUCUGGGAGAAUGAACGUCAGGUGGCGGGCUUCUCACUGGACCCCGCCAAAUUUCGUGUGGCGCCUGGUGCACGGAAGGAAUAUUCCAUUCCCUUUCGCUACUACCCGACCCAACAGGCAGCUUCCCUGGAGGUCACGGUGCGUCGCACGGGUGCAGCAAAUGCGGAGGUGAAGCAGGAGGCCGUGCCAAAUCUGGACAAUAUGACGCAGGCAAAGGAGAACUUGCAGCCCCCUUCUGUUCAGUCCCGUGGAACAAUGAAUUACCAUGAGGAGGAAUACAAGACAGUGACGGCAUCAGCUGCAGCAACAAAGGAGCCCGUGCAGUCUGCUUUAGCGUCAAGUGUCCGAGAGGAACGUGCCUCAUCUCAGCUUUCUUCAAGUACAAGAUAUGCCGGUCAACAGCGCAUUAACGCGGCGAAGGAAUACGUACAGAAGCGCUACUUUGACCCCAAUGUGAGGCAAAGCCAUUGGGAUGGUGCAAUGCAGCGGAAAGACGAUGUUAAUUCGCAGAGUAUCCAGCAGCAGCAGCAGCAAGAACAACAACAACAACAACAGCCCCUGCAACGUGAUGAUGCUGAGGUACAUAGGGGCGUAUCUACCCCGCCGCCCGGCCCUGCAUCCUCUGGUGAGCAGCAAAGUCGUCGCACCGAUGAUGGUGCCACCUCAUACGCAGAACAGAGCGAGAGGAAUGAGAAUGCAGAGAAUGUGAGCCAGACUCAGACAUUCUUGGAGCAAAUUGCCCAACGCAACUCGCGCUCCUCUUCCGCUACACGGCGGCCUACCAAAGGGUUGGAUGUGCCACAACUUGUGCCGCACCGCCGAGAGCCUCCCUCGAGAACAUUUUCGACUCCUGACAGCAUGUACGGUGACAGGCGCAGCAGCACACCGCUGCGCAGCCACAACAAUGUACACCGUAGUUCUAGCCUUAAGCGCAGGGGCGAGAGAAUCCAACCCGAUGGGGCAUCUGAUGUUGGUCUUUCACGGGAUCGCUCAUCCUGGCGGCGACCCUCUUCGCUUAACGGAAGCUUUUAUGAGCGAAUGAGCGAUAGGGCGUCAUUGAGCGGAUUCGCCGAUGGCCGUGAACAGCUUGCGGAUUCACUGCUCUCUCGUUUAGAGCGCCGCCCCGGGUUCCGCACCUCACUGAUGGAGGAGUGGCUGGAGUGGCGCGGUCAGAGGACGUCAGCACGCGCGUCUCGGGCUGGGUCGGUGCAGAGUGCCUUUAGCCGUGACGACUCGGUGGACUCCAUCACAUCUCGCAAUAGAGCGGCUAGCCCACUCCCAACAAAAACAGUGGCGGACGCGGCUGAGCAAAAACCAUACCAACCGCAGUAUAUCCGGCGGUCAUCAAGCACGGGUCCGGCAGCUACAGGGAGGCCGCCGAUGCCUAUGCGGUGA